AUGCCUUCAUUCACAGUUUUCAAGGGCUCUAAGGAUGGCAAGAUCGUCAAGAGCGAGACCCGCAAGGGCGAUCUCCAGAACGACCAAGUCCUCGUUAAGGUCACCGCUUCCGGUCUCUGCGGUACAGAUGAGCACCACAAGAACCAGGACAUGGUCCUCGGACACGAGGGCGCCGGUGUUGUCGAGGAGACAGGACCCAACGUCAAGAGCCUGAAGAAGGGUGACCGCGUUGGAUGGGGAUACCAGCACGACUCUUGCGGCAACUGCGAAUACUGCCUGACUGGCCGCGAGACAUACUGCCCCCAACGCCAGAUGUACGGUUACGCCGACCUCGACCAGGGUUCUUUCGCGUCCCACGGUGUCUGGAGGGAGGCCUUCCUCUUCAAGAUCCCCGAGGGUCUCAGCGACGCUGAUGCCGCUCCUCUGAUGUGCGGUGGUGCCACCGUCUUCAACGCUCUCUACACCUACGGAAUCAAGCCCACUGACCGCGUUGGUGUGAUGGGUGUCGGUGGUCUCGGCCAUCUCGCCAUCCAGUUCGCUGCCCGCAUGGGCUGCGACGUCGUCGUCUUCUCUGGAACCGAGAGCAAGAAGGACGAGGCUGUCAAGCUAGGAGCCAAGGAAUUCAUCGCCAUGAAGGGCAAGGACAAGAUUGACAUCGGCCGUAAGGUCGACGCGCUCCUCGUUACCACCUCCGUUUCCCCCGACUGGAACCUCAUGCUCCCCGUCAUGGCGCCCACCGGCAAGAUCUUUCCUCUCACCGUCGACAACGGCGACUUCAAGAUCCCCCACAUGGGUCUCGUUGGCGGCGGUCUCACCAUCCAGGGCUCCGUCGUCGCCGCACGCUCCGUGCAUCGCCACAUGCUCGAGUUUGCCGCUCUGCACAACAUCAAGCCUAUCAUCAUGGAGUUCCCAAUGACCGAGUCUGGCAUCACCGAGGCCAUGGAGACGCUGCGCGACGGCAAGAUGAGGUACCGUGGUGUUCUCAAGCCCCAGUAG